GAGAUGAAGAUGCACGAACAGUACUUGCGGUGCGUGGUGCGGGCCUUGUCCAUGUCGGGCAUGACGCAAGGCCCGCGGGCCGCGCCGCUGUUGGAACUCUACCUGGGCCUCGUGUCGUCCGUCGUGGGGGCCUUCUACUUCCUGCUGCUUGCUCGUCACACGAUGGGCUCCUUGUCCCAGCAGCUGCCAGCAUCAACAUCAGGCGUCGUCGUCGGCGGAGGCGGCAGCAGGAGCAGCAGGGCCAGAGCUGCUGACGAGGAGUACGCCGUGUCGUCGUCGUCGACGGGGUGUAAUACUGCUGUUGGCAGCGAGCCGACGACGAGUGGACGCUGCUCUGAUGGAGCAGGGAUGUUGAUGCCCACCCCGACCAUGUCGUGAUACUUUUGUGUGCGACAGGGUCGCUUGAUGUUCUGUCAAUGGGAUUUUGGGAAGCCCUGCUGAGCAGCUGCUUCUAUUAACAUACUCAAGGUAAUGCAUCAACACUCCUGAAGCAUCCAGGACAAGACUCCGAGGAGUCGUCAUCGCGAUAUUUCAUUGAUUUCCCCGCGGUGAUGAUAUGUUCGCUGAUCCGACUUAUUGGGGAAUUUAUUCUUUGAUCAAUGUGGCCAAUUUUUCUUUCUGCCGGUUUUUCAUCCAACAUUGUUGCGUGACUGAAUGAGAACGGGUGAUGGCGUCGGAAAAUGAGAAAUAAAAGUGGAGCAGUGUCUCUUUAUAUA